AUGGAAUUUGAUUUUUAAAGUCGACCGUCAUCAGUAAUAUUUAUGGAAAUUUAGGCAUUUAAUUUAAAAGGUCGUCCUGAUAGUGCAAAAUCACGCUUACCUUCAUAAUUAUAAAAUACUUAUGGAGGAGGCACAAAAAAGUUACCAAAUGUAAGACCACAUUCUGCUAUAGUUACAAAGAAUUCGAAACUGUAAAUAAAUUAAACUAUUUUUAGUGGAAAGAAAAGAACUGAUGAUGAAGUAAUUUUAGAAGAAUAAGAUUAUGAUAAUUUCGAUAAACAAGGAAUAGAGUAAUUAUAAUUGUUAAAAAUAAAGUAUAAAUGCAAUAUUGUUAAAUCCACCUUCGUUAGUUGGAGAUAAAAAAUUACCAAAGAAUAUAAAAAAAGAAAAAGAAACACUUUAUGAAGAAUAGAUUGAAUUAAAACAGUAAAUAAAUAGGAUAAAGGAAGAGAAUAUAAGAUUGAAAACUAAAAAUGGUUAACUUUAAAAGGAGAAUUCAAAAUUAGAAAAACUUCUUGAAAAUUUGGAUAGUUAUAUACAAACAGGUUCAGGACAUCAACCGUUAGGAGAUCAUAUUUUAAUGAAUAAUCUUAAAAAGACUUUGAAAGAGGUUAAAUCAUAAUUGACAGAAAAGGAGGCAGAAUUAUAAAUUUUAAAGAAACAUAUAAAAGUAACAAAAGUAUCAGAGAUUGAAGCAGAAUUAAAAAAUUACAUAGAGGAAUCAAUAAGAUUAAGAAGUUUGUUAGACUAAGCAUUGAGAAAUUAAGCAGCAUAGAAAAUGUAUAAAAGUAUUAGAUUUUAGGGCUGUUCAGAUGGAUAAUUUUGAAGAGAAAUUUUAUGUUUAGAUGAAAGUUAUUAAUUCACUUUAAUAAGAAAUGGAUUAAUUUAAUGGAAUAAUAAAAUUAAAAGAUGAAGAAUUAUUUAAUGCAUAAGUUAAAUGUGAAUAAUUUGAUAUGCUAAAAACAAGAGCAGAAGAAUAAUCUGAAUAGUUAAAAUAAUAAUUAUAAGAAUAUAACGAUAAAUGUGAAAUAUUAUAAUAAGAGAUAUAAAAUUUAAAGACUAUAAAUAAUAAUUUAAUAAUAAAAGCAACUAAAACUCAUAAUGAUGAUUUACAUAUAAGAGAAUUAGAAUAAAAUAUUAUGGAACUUAAAUUAAAUAUUGAUGAAAGGAAUGAAAAUAUAAAAUAAUUAGAAAAGUAAAUAUAAGAUAUGAAAAAUUAUGAAUAAGAGAAUUUUAAAUAAUAAGAAAAAGAAAGAAAAUAGUUAGAAAAUGAUAUGGAAUAUUAUAAAAAUUAAUUUGAAUUAGUAGAUGAAAAAUACAAAAAUUUAUUACUUUAAGUAGCUUAGUAAGAUUUUUAGGAGGAAUAUUAAUAAUAACCAAAAUCUGAUAGAAAGAGUGCAAGAACAUCAACAGUGAAAUUGGCAACAAUGGGUACAAUGGCAGUUAUACCAAGUUUUGAAAAAGAUUCAAAGCCUCCACUUUCUUAAAUACCUAUAAAUUAAGCAUAAAAUCACAAUUAAAGUAGUCAAUUAGGAUAGAUAUAAGAAGAGAAGUCAUUAUAAAAAUAGAGACCAUAAAGUGCUGGUCUAAGAAGGAGAAGAACAGUGAAAUAAGAAGAUAUAAAGGAUUUAGGUUUAGAAUUGAAUAUGAGAUUUAGAUUAAGGAAAUUAAAAUUAGAAGAAGUUGUUGAAAAUGAUCUCUUUGAUUCUUAGAUAAGAUAAAAAGGAAAGAUUUCUAUAAAAGAUAUUGCCUUAAAAUUAAGUGAUAGACCUUUUGAAUUAAAAGAUGUAGAGAAGAUGUACUUAUUAGCUAGAUAUAUGAUUGAAGAUAAUACAUAAGAUUGGAUAGAAUAUGACGAGGAAGCUACUUGUUAAUUGUAAAUAGUUAGAAGCAUUUUUAAAUAAAUAGUAGGCAAAUGUAGAAUAUUUACUGAAGAUGAAGAGAGAUAAUAUAGUAAUGAAAUUAGUUCAUAAAUUAUGAAAUUCAAAAAAUCAAUCUUAUCUUAUCUACCUACAUUUAAUUAACCUUAAUUAACAAGAGAUUAAUUAACUAAAGCAUUUAAUUAUAUUGGAAUAACUCUUAGUAGUGAAGCAUUUGAUUAUUUCUUUUUAAGAUUAUUUGAUUUGUAAGGAGAAUCAGAUGUUCGUAAAUUUGACUAUAAAUUAGUAAUCGAAGAAUGGGGAAAGGAAGAUAAAGAAAAAGAAUAAAAUAGUAAAAAUAAUUAUAAUAAUUUUAUAGAGAAAUAAAAAUAACAAGAUAGAAGAGAUACAAAGUUAAAUACAAACUUUUCUUAUGGAUAAAAGUUUAAUAUAGAAAAAUGAUUGGGAU